CACAUUCAUUUUUCUUUUCUCUCUCUUUUUUUUACCCUAUCCCAUAGGGUUUUCUCUCAUGCUUUUUUGCUCUCAAGAGUUCUUAAUCUUUCUUAUAUUAAUCUUUUUCUUUCUCUUUGGAGGAUUCUUUUCUGGAUUUUACUCAUGUCUAAGGUUUUUGGCUUUACCGGGGGUGAUGAUUUUUGUACUGGGAGGUCAGUAUACCUUAAUCCCAAGGAAGCUGGUCUCUUCUUGUCGCUUGGCUGUCAAAAAUAUGCUUACAAGCCUCGUCAGAAGAGAUCUCGCGUCAGUGUUCCGUUUGAUUUCAGUGGAGAUAAGUGGUUUGAGCCGAAGCCGGAUGCAUCUAUUGAAACAUUGCCGGAUGAAUGCCUCUUUGAGAUUCUUAGAAGGUUGCCUGCUGGCCAAGAUAGGAGUUUGUGUGCUUCGGUAUCAAAGCGCUGGCUUAUGCUUCUAAGCAAUAUCUGCAAGGAUGAAAUUUGCAAGGAUGUUGGUAGUGGAAAUGGCGAUCAAGGAUUUGGUGAUGAAGGGUGUCUUUCUCGUAGAUUGGAAGGGAAGAAAGCAUCAGAUGUUAGACUAGCUGCUGUUGCUGUUGGCACAGCAUCUCGAGGAGGAUUGGGAAAGCUUUCGAUCAAUGGAUGCAAUUCAGAUUCUGCGUUGACUAAUGCAGGUCUCAAGGCAGUUGCUCAUGGCUGCCCUUCUCUAAAGAUUUUCACUCUUUGGGAUGUUGAUACUGUUAACGAUGAAGGCUUGAUUGAGAUUGCUAAUGGUUGUCACAAGUUAGAGAAGCUUGACCUUUGCAAGUUACAAAAUAUUUCUGACAAGGCUUUAAUUGCCAUUGCACAGAACUGCCCAAAGCUGACCGAGUUAUCGAUCGAGUCGUGUCCUAAUAUCGGUAAUGAAGGUCUACCAGCUAUUGGGAAGUUUUGUCCCAAUCUAAGGUCUAUAUCAAUUAAGAACUGUCCAAGAGUUGGUGAUAUGGGAAUUGUUGGCGUGGUAUCUUCAGCAUCCUUUGGUCUAACAAAGAUGACACUUGAGUCGCUAGCUGUUUCUGAUUACUCUCUAGCAGUUAUUGGACAAUAUGGAUUUGCUAUUACCGAUCUUACCCUGAAUUCCCUCUCAUAUGUCACUGAGAAGGGAUUCUGGGUGAUGGGGAAUGGCCAUGCACUGCAGAAACUAACCUCACUCACAAUUGGGUCGUGCUCUGGAGUAACAGAUAUUGGGCUUGGCGCAAUCGGAAAGGGUUGUCCAAAUGUGAAAAACUUUCAGCUUUAUAAGUGUGCUUUUCUGUCCGACAAUGGGCUGGUAUCAUUCUCCAAGGCUGCCCCAUCAAUUGUGAGCCUACAUUUGGAAGAGUGCCACAGGGUUAGCCAAUUUGGGCUUUUCGGUCUCCUUUACAACUGUGGUUCAAAAUUGAAGGCUCUUACUCUUGUGAGCUGCUAUGGGAUCAAAGAUCUGAAACUGGAAUUGACCGCAAUAGCUCACUGUGAAUCAAUUUCGUCACUAUCAAUCCGUAACUGCCCAGGGGUUGGUAACUCUACUCUUGCCAUCCUUGGAAAGCUAUGUCCUCAGCUUCAGCGUCUUGAGUUGAUUGCACUUGAGGGAAUAACAGACACAGGGUUUCUUUAUCUGCUUGAGAGGUCUAAGUCCAGUUUGGUUAAUGUUAAUCUAAGCCGUUGCAUUAAUCUGACAGAUGCAGGAGUUUCGUCCAUGGUCAAGUUGCACAGAAAGACUCUCAAAGUGUUAAACCUCAACGGUUGCCGAAGAGUCGGUGAUUCUAGCUUGACAGAAAUUGCAGGCAGCUGUCCAGCACUCACAGAUCUUGAUGUUUCCAGGUGUGCUAUCACCGAUGCAGGAAUUGCUGCCCUUGCCCGUGUAGUCCUGCCCAAUCUGGAUGUACUUUCUUUGGCAGGCUGUCCCUUGGUUACAAACAAGAGCAUGCCCGCUUUGAAAAAACUGGGCGAUUCUCUCGAGGGAUUAAAUAUAAAAAAUUGCAAGGCGAUCAGCAGCUGCACGGUUGACAAGCUUAUUGAAAGUCUCUGGGUAUGUGACAUCCUCUUCUGAGGAGGUAGCCUUAAUAUCUAUCUAUCUAUACUUCUAAUCUGGAUGGCAUGCGGUCCAGAUUUUAUAAUCAGUGUCGCAUGAUGGUAGUGUUUUUGGGUCCAUUUAUUAUCGGUGGGUCUUGGUCACAGCAGUACUCGGUUCUCUUUUUCCAGAGCAAGCAGUUAUUCAAUCUUUGUUUUUACAGGUUUCCUUAAAAUUAGAAGGAAAUCUGUUUAAAGUUUUUGGCAUCCUAUUGCUAGGACGUCGCUUUUAGAAUGGCUGUUUAUCUCUGAGAACAUAGCUACCGAGUUCUGGUUUUAGGUUUCUUUCUUGUGUUGGCACCUGAUGUCUUAAGCUCCGCUUGGUAUCGGUUUUGCCACCAUGUUUCUUCGUCAUUUCCAAUUUCAUCACAGCAGUCUGUACCAAAGUUUGUCCAGAGUGGUUGGUGUUUACCUUAUUUUUCGCGUAUUUGAACUCCAUUCUAUACUCGAUGUUUGGCGUCGCAGUUUAGUCAAAGGGCAUGUUGAAGAGGUUGAAGAUGUUGAAGUCCAGCUUAUGUGAUAUUGUUAUUUUGGUUACUAUUGGCAGUUAAGAGUUAUACGAGGCCAUUUGUUUUUUCUAGGGUUUUGGCCAUGACAGUAACUAUAUAGUUCUGUCAUGACAAUCCUUUUUCUUUGGAGAAGGAUUGUCUUUUUCUACCAAAGCUCUGGAUUUUUUAUCUCUUGGCUUCAUAUAUUCUGAACUUGUCACUGUAACUUCUAUUUUAUAUUAUGUAAUAAUUCUGAUACUUGCCCUUUGUACUGUAUGAAUAUUAAUAAAUAAAUGAUUUGUACUUUUAUUGUCUCUUUCUCAAAA